AUGGUCAUAGUCGUUGGGAAAGAGGAAUACGGUGGAAUCUGCCAUCCAGGAGGGCUAAAGAGAUCCCCAGUGUCCUUCGAGGAUGUAGCUGUGUUCUUCACGGGGGAAGAAUGGGCUCUACUGGAUCCAGGCCAGAGGAAAAUCUACUGGGAAGUGAUGAAGGAAAAUUACGAGAUGGUGGCCUUUCUGGUUGCAGAUGUGAGGGAGAUGAUGUGUGAGAAGGAAUCUGGAAGGAUAGUUGUGGAAAAAGACAAUGAUCAGCAGGUGGAAGAAAAAUCUAGGGAUCAAGCAGUUCCAAACAACUUAACUAAACAUCGAAGGGUUCACACAAGAGACAAGCUAUAUAAAUGCUUGGAGUGUGGAAAGUGCUUCUCUCUAAAUAGCUACCUAACUAAACAUCAAAGGGUUCACACAGGAGAGAAGCCAUAUAAAUGCUUGGAAUGUGGGAAGUGCUUCACUCUAAAUAGCUACCUAACUCAACAUCAGAAGAGUCACAUAGGUGAGAAGCCAUAUAAAUGCUUAGUGUGUGGAAAGUGCUUCUCUUGCAAUGACUACCUAACUAAUCAUCAAAGGGUUCACACAGGGGAGAAGCCAUAUAAAUGCUUGGAGUGUGGAAAGUGCUUCUCUCAUAAUAACAACCUAACUAAACAUAAAAAGAUUCAUACAAGGGCGAAGCCAUAUAAAUGCUUGGAGUGUGGAAAGUGCUUCUUUUGGAAUUUCGACCUUACUGCACAUCAGAGGGUCCACACAGGGGAGAAGCCAUAUCAGUGCUUGGAGUGUGGAAAGUGCUUCUCUCGGAAUGAGUCCCUAACUAGACAUAGAAAGGUUCACACAGGGGAGAAGCCAUAUAAAUGCUUGGAGUGUGGAAAGGGCUUCUCUCGGAAUGCCUUCGUAACUAGACAUCAAAAGAUUCACACAGGGGAGAAGCCAUAUGAAUGCUUUGAGUGUGGAAAGUGCUUUUCUCGUAAUGGAACCCUAACUGCACAUAAAAAGAUUCACACAGGGGAGAAGCCAUAUGAAUGCUUUGAGUGUGGAAAGUGCUUCUGUCACAAUAACAACCUAACUAGACAUCACAAGAUUCACACAGGGGGGAAGCCAUAUAAAUGCUUGGAGUGUGGAAAGUUCUUUUCUCAGAAUAGAAGCCUUACUGCACAUCAGAAGAUUCACACAGGGGACAAGCCAUAUAAAUGUCUGGAGUGUGGAAAGUGCUUCACUUGCAAUGGCUCCCUAACUCAACAUCAGAAGAUUCACACAGGGGAGAAGCCAUAUAAAUGCUUGGAGUGUGGAAAGUGCUUCUCUCGGAAUUACCACCUAACUGCACAUCGAAAGAUUCACACAGGGGAGAAGCCAUAUAAAUGUCUGGAGUGUGGAAAGUGCUUUUCUCAUAAUAACGACCUAACUAAACAUCACAAGAUUCACACAGGGGAGAAGCCAUAUAAAUGUCUGGAGUGUGGAAAGUGCUUCUCUCACAGUAACGUCCUAACUAGACAUCAGAAGAUUCACACAGGGGAGAAGCCAUAUAAAUGCUUGGAGUGUGGAAAGUUCUUUUUUCAGAAUAGAAGCCUUACUGCACAUCAGAAGAUUCACACAGGGGAGAAGCCAUAUAAAUGUCUGGACUGUGGAAAGUGCUUUUCUCAUAAUAACGACCUAACUAGACAUCACAAGAUUCACAUAGGGGAGAAGCCAUAUAAAUGCUUGGAGUGUGGAAAGUGCUUCUCUCGGAAUUACCACCUAACUGCACAUCGAAAGAUUCACACAGGGGAGAAGCCAUAUAAAUGUCUGGAGUGUGGAAAGUGCUUUUCUCAUAAUAACGACCUAACUAAACAUCACAAGAUUCACACAGGGGAGAAGCCAUAUAAAUGUCUGGAGUGUGGAAAGUGCUUCUCUCACAGUAACGUCCUAACUAGACAUCAGAAGAUUCACACAGGGGAGAAGCCGUAUAAAUGUCUGGACUGUGGAAAGUGCUUCUCUCAGAAUAGCAAUCUUACUGCACAUCAGAAGAUUCACACAGGGGACAAGCCAUAUAAAUGUCUGGAGUGUGGAAAGUGCUUCACUUGCAAUGGCUCCCUAACUCAACAUCAGAAGAUUCACACAGGGGAGAAGCCAUAUAAAUGCUUGGAGUGUGGAAAGUGCUUCUCUCGGAAUUACCACCUAACUGCACAUCGAAAGAGUCACACAGGGGAGAAGCCAUAUAAAUGCGUGGAGUGUGGAAAGUGCUUCUCUCACAAUAGCGACCUAACUAGACAUCACAAGAUUCACACAGGGGAGAAACCAUAUAAAUGCUUGGAGUGUGGAAAGUGCUUCUCUCGGAAUACUGUCCUAACCAGACAUCAAAGGAUUCAUACAGCGCCACUUCAGGGAAAGAGAUCCCCAGUGUCCUUUGAGGAUGUAGCCGUGUUCUUCAUGGAGGAGGAAUGGUCUCUGUUGGAUCCAGGCCAAAGAGAACUCUUCUGGGAAGUUAUGGAGGAAACUUACGAGACCCUGGCCUCUCUGGGGAGCUACAUUUCCCAGAAGGCCUUGCGAGCACCUGAGAAGUCACCCCUGCCUUCCCUAGGUGUCCAUGGGGUCGUUUUUCCGCAAGGCCGAGAAGGAAGUGCAUGGAAUAAGCAGUUCCACGGGGCCUCUCUUCUUUCUCAUUUCCUCCGGCUGGAGGGAGAAUAUGGUUCUUGCACCUCUGCAGGAAAGGGGCAGUAG